AUGCCGCGAAACAAGGAUCAUAAGAGCGAUAUUUUGUACAUCACCCAACCAACUCGCAACAUUUUACUCGCGCUCGGUACCUGGCCCUCCAUCAGUAAAGAGAAAUCUGUGUACCCGAAGAUUCACCAUCUCUUGUUAAUUUGUAUAUCCUACACUCUUCUCUCUUGUGACCUUAUACCCGGUAUUCUUUACUGGUUGAUGGAGAAAACGACGCGUAUACGACUGCAAAUGGUUCCUCUUCUCCUUUACGACUUUAUGUCCGCAAGUCAAUACGGCAUCUUCAUAUUUCGCUAUGAUCAGCUUAGGCAAUGCUUGAAGCACGUUGAAGAGGAUUGGAAGAACAUUCUCAGCGCGGAUGCACGGAAUAUUAUGCUGAAAUCCGCGAGGUUGGGAAAGCGUCUGGUUACGAUCUGCGGAGUCUUCAUGUACAGCGGCGCCAUUACUUUCCGCACAAUCCUGCCGUUGUCCCAGGGGAAGACCAUCACCGAUCAGAAUGUCACGCUGAGACAUUUCGCCUGUCCGGGUUACUUCUUUUCCCUCGACGUGCAAGUCAGCCCCGUUUACGAGACGCUUUUUAUAAUCCAGUGUCUAACAGGAUUCGUUACAGUUUCGGUCGUGACAGGUGCAUGCGGCCUCACGGCGAUUUUCGUGGUGCACGCUUGCGGCCAACUGAAAAUUCUCAUCGGCUUGAUGAGAGCUCUCGUGCAGAAACAGUGGCGAGAGGAGCGCGAAGUUAAUAAGAAGCUAGCUGAGAUAGUCGAACAUCAAAUAAGAGUGCGCAAUUUUUUACGAUUGGUGCAACAUACCUUGCAGGAAAUAUAUUUGAUGGAAAUCCUGGUGAACUCGAUAACGAUCUGCCUUUUAGUAUAUUUUAUGUUAGUGGACUGGCAAAAUAGGAAUAUAACUACCGUAUGCACUUAUUUAAUAAGCAUUGCAAAUAUAACAAUCCACAUGUUUCUAUUUUGCUAUACCGGUGAACAGCUUACUAGCCAGGCGGAAAAGGUAGCCAUUGCAUCCUGUGAACUCGAAUGGUAUCGUCUUCCGGACAGAAACAUGCGCAACGUUGUAUUGCUGAUAAUUAUGUCUAACGCGCCCACCAAGAUCUCCGCUGGGAAGUUCGUCGACCUCUCACUCAAGACAUUUGGUGAUGUGAGUCUAUUAAUUUUAAGUUAAUUGCAUCUUCCAAAGACUUUCAAAGUAUAUUGAAACUUUUCAUAAAGUACCUCUUAAAAGCCAUGUUUUUAUCGAGUUAAU